GGGAGACCAGAUAUAGUGAAUGCAGGGUCCAGGGAGAGCGAAUAUAGUGAAUGCAGGGACCAGGGAGAGCGAAUAUAGUGAAUGCAGGGUCCGGGGAGACCAGAUAUAGUGAAUGCGGGUCCGGGGGGGCCAGAUACAGUGAAUGCGGGGUCCGGGGAGACCAGAUAUAGUGAAUGCGGGGUCCGGGGAGAGCGGAUAUAGUGAAUGCAGGGGUCCGGGUAGAGCGGAUAUAGUGAAUGCGGGGUCCGGGGAGACCGGAUAUAGUGAAUGCGGGGUCUGGGGAGACCGGAUA